UGUUUGGGUUACGGACAUAGAAAACAGGCAUUUAAUCAAACCCUGAUUAAAAUGAUCAAUAUGGAGGCAAACGACCCCUGAUAAAGCGAGUAAACGCCAACAUCGACGCGUUUAUGUAUAUGUGCUGUAUUUGAUAAACUAUUAAGUAACACGCAUUUAAAAGACAAAGCUAAGGUACUUCAUCAUUACAAGUAGAUCUGGAUUUUUAUUGAACGAUUGCUCGAUAUUGCAUCAGUUUUGAGCUAAAGGUUGUUAGCUCGCAGGAGUUCCGCUGAAGUACAUUGAGGUUAAUAUGACAUAUAUGCACACGCGUCUAAUGAAAGAUAUCUUUUUUAGAUCGGAAAUGUUUGGACUUGCACUUUACAGACAUCUCAUUUCUAGGCGUCCAAUGUGGAGAUGCCCUCAACAGAUGGCCCAAGCAUCGAAGUUUACAACAAAUGCUCAGCUAGCCUCCAGCGUCGACUCAGUGUUGAUUCCACCCAAAGUGGCUUCCAGCAACAGGCUGUUGUGCAUCAGACCUGCCACCUGGGCUGGUUCACGUCUCUGCCAUUCAGACACAAGAGACACCAAGGGUUUCAGUUUGAGGACCAUCACGCAGGCUCCUAAACCAGCUAUGUUUCUUGGUUUCUCUGGGCUCAUACCAUUUGUGGCUGCCCCUCUCGCCAUGGUGACAACUCAGUCCUUCUACCCUGAAGUGGCCUACGCCCAACUGAUGUACGGAGCUUCUAUCGUCUCCUUCCUUGGGGGUGCUCGCUGGGGGUUUGCCAUCCCAGCCGGAAGUCCUGCUCAACCGGACUGGAUGAACUUGGGCAACAGUGUGGUUCCGUCACUCUUAGCCUGGCUGGCACUGCUCUGCAGGGACAAUUUUGUAGAGGGGUCCCUGGUAGUUAUAAUGGGAUUAGGUCUGUCUCUACACUAUGACCUAACACUGCUACCCGGCUACCCUGCAUGGUUCAAAGCCAUGAGAACUGUCCUCACACUGGUUGCCACCUUCUCGCUGGUGGCAACGCUGAUGCUUAAGAAGUUCUGCAGAGAGAAGAAGCUCAGAAGUUCAACAUGAGUCAGAUGAGCUUAAUAAAAUGUAUAAUUCGAGUGAUCAGAUGUGCUCCCUUCUUGUUUCAUUUUGCUCCAUGGAAAAAAAAAAGAAUUGCUCCAGCAAUAGUCGUAUCAGUUGGAUAGAUUAAGUUUUGUGAACUACCAAACCGUUCAGGACCCUCUUUUAUAUUUAAUAUUCGGAUAUCGUAUAAAAUAUAGCAAAAAACCUGUGACAAAUAUUAAAAAUCUCUUUUACAAGAGUGACCUGGCCAAGACAGCAGCAUAACACAAAGUUUCUGACAAGACACUCUCAACAUACAGUUAAGAUAUAUAUAAUUGAACAACUAUUAAAAAAAAAAAAA